AUGGCCCGCCGAGCGCCGCAGCUGCUGAGUGCCGUGCUCCUGGCGGCACUCUUCGUGUGGAACACGGCCUUCCUGCCGGUCGAAACGCCGGCUCCCAGACAGGCGGCCGCGGCAGCCGCCACCGCAGCUUUGUCAGUAGCUCCCCUGCCUGCACUGGCGGGAGAGCCUCCCAGCGUGGGCAUUCACUGGUACUGGGACCUUGGCAUUGGCACGAUCCACGGAGAGACCGCCAGCAUCAUCAUCUGGGUGUUCCUGGUCUGCACCAUCUUCGCUUUGGCCGGAGCGGGUGGCAGCAGCCGCAAGAGCGCAGCAUAA